GGGGGGCGGGCCAGGCUCGCUCUCCUCCUACUCAGCGGGCUCCCAGGGAAAAGCAACAGUGUCCUCCUGAAACCCCAGGCCGCCGCGGCCAAGCCGGGCAAAGGGACCGGUGUCUGCCUCCACCCACCCACCCCAGGAGCUCUGGAGCCCCAGGACCAUGGAUGCUCUCAACAGGAGCCAGGGAGGUCCUGGAUGCAAGACCCAGGCCAUGGUGCAGAAGGGACCUUUGGACCUGAUCGAGACAGGCAAAGGGCUGAAGGUGCAAACGGACAAACCCCAUCUGGUGAGCCUGGGCAGUGGGCGACUCAGCACGGCUGUUACCCUCCUGCCGCUGGAGGAAGGGAGGACGGUGAUUGGCUCUGCAGCCAGGGACAUCUCGCUGCAGGGCCCGGGCCUGGCUCCAGAACACUGCUACAUUGAGAAUCUUCAGGGCACCCUCACCCUCUACCCUUGCGGCAAUGCCUGUAGUAUUGAUGGGCUCCCUGUCCGGCAGCCCACCCGGCUCACUCAGGGCUGCAUGUUGUGCCUGGGUCAGUCCACCUUUCUCCGCUUUAACCACCCUGCUGAAGCCAAGUGGAUGAAGAGCAUGAUCCCAGCAGGGGGCCGGGUCCCUGGCCCCCCCUACAGCCCUGGUCCUGCGGAACCAGACAGCCUGGUGAAUGGGAACCACACCCCACAGCCUUCAACCCGGGGACCCUCGGCCUGUGCCAGCCACAGUUCCCUGGUGAGCUCUAUUGAGAAGGACCUGCAGGAAAUCAUGGACUCACUGGUGCUAGAGGAUCCUGGAGCUGCUGGCAAGAAGCCCACCGCAGUGUCCCCACUUUCGCCGCUGGCUAAUGGUGGGCGCUACCUGCUGUCCCCCCCAACUAGCCCUGGUGCCAUGUCUGUGGGCUCCAGCUAUGAGAACACCUCUCCAGCCUUCUCACCACUCUCCUCGCCAGCCAGCAGUGGGAGCUGUGCCAGCCACUCACCCAGUGGGCAGGAGCCAGGACCUUCCGUCCCCCCGCUGGUGCCUGCCCGCUCUUCUAGCUACCAUCUGGCCCUGCAACCCCCACAGUCCCGCCCUAGUGGUGCCCGUUCCUCCGAGAGCCCCCGCCUGGGCAGGAAGGGGGGUCAUGAGAGGCCUCCCAGUCCUGGCCUCCGGGGUCUGCUGACAGACAGCCCAGCCGCCACGGUCUUGGCAGAGGCCCGCAGAGCCACUGAGAGCCCCCGGCUGGGUGGGCAGCUGCCCGUGGUGGCCAUCAGCCUGAGUGAAUACCCAACCUCCGGUGCCCGCAGCCAACCCACCAGCAUUCCUGGCAGUCCCAAGUUCCAGCCUCCAGUCCCGGCUCCCCGCAACAAGAUCGGCACACUCCAGGACCGCCCUCCCAGCCCUUUCCGUGAGCCCCCGGGCCCUGAGCGGGCCUUGACUGCCAGCCCCUCGCGCCAGCUGGUGGGGCGAACAUUCUCGGAUGGGUCAGCUGCCCGCACCCUGCAGCCUCCUGAGAGCCCACGCCUGGGCCGGCGCGGUCUGGACAGCAUGCGCGAGCUACCUCCCUUGAGCCCAUCUCUGUCCCGACGAGCUCUCUCUCCGCUGCCCACCCGGACCGCCCCAGACCCCAAGCUAACCAGGGAAGUGUCAGAGAGUCCACGGCCCCGGCGCUGGGCAGCCCACGGGACGUCACCAGAGGACUUCUCCCUGACGCUGGGGGCCCGCGGGUGGAGGACACGGAGCCCCUCGCCCACUCUGGGCGAGUCCCUGGCACCCCGCAAGGGCAGCUUCAGUGGCAGGCUGAGCCCGGCCUACAGUCUGGGCUCCCUCACUGGGGCUUCCCCCCGCCAGAGCCCCCGUGCACAGAGGAAGCUCUCCAGUGGGGACCUGCGGGUGCCUGUCACACGGGAGCGGAAGAACAGCAUCACGGAGAUCAGUGACAAUGAGGAUGACCUCCUGGAGUACCACCGGCGGCAGCGCCAGGAGCGGCUCCGGGAACAGGAGAUGGAGAGGCUGGAACGGCAGCGCCUGGAGACCAUCCUGAACCUGUGUGCUGAGUACAGCCGGGCUGAUGGGGGCCCCGAGGCUGGGGAGCUGCCCAGCAUCGGGGAAGCCACUGCAGCACUGGCACUGGCAGGCCGGAGGCCCUCACGAGGCCUUGCAGGGGCUAUGGGGACCUCUGGGCGGAACAGUGAGGAGCCCGGAGCUGCCACCCAGCGCCUGUGGGACAGCGUGGACCGCUCAGAUGAGGAGAACCUCAAGGAGGAGUGCAGCAGCACUGAGAGCACCCAGCAGGAGCAUGAAGAUGCACCUAGUGCCAAGCUGCAGGGAGAGGUGCUAGCCCUGGAGGAGGAGCGGGCUCAGGUGCUGGGGCGUGUGGAGCAGCUCAAGGUCCGUGUGAAGGAGCUGGAACAGCAGCUGCAGGAGUCGGCACGCGAGGCGGAAAUGGAGCGGGCCCUGCUGCAGGGGGAGCGGGAGGCAGAGCGGACGCUGCUGCAGAAGGAGCAGAAGGCGGUGGACCAGCUGCAGGAGAAGCUGGUGGCCCUGGAGACGGGCAUCCAGCAGGAGAGGGAAAAGGAGAGGGCGGAGCUGGCCGCGGGACGGAGGCACCUGGAGGCCCGCCAGGCGCUCUACGCCGAGCUCCAGACGCAGCUCGAUAACUGCCCCGAGUCAGUGCGGGAACAGUUACAGGAGCAGCUGAGAAGGGAGGCAGAGGCCCUGGAGACGGAGACCAAGCUCUUUGAGGACCUGGAGUUCCAGCAGCUGGAGCGGGAGAGCCGCGCGGAGGAGGAGCGUGAGCUGGCCGGCCAGGGGCUGCUACGCAGCAAGGCCGAGCUGCUCCGCAGCGUGGCCAAGAGGAAGGAGCGCCUCGCAGUUCUGGACAGUCAGGCUGGGCAGAUCCGGGCGCAGGCUGUGCAGGAGUCAGAGCGCCUGGCCCGCGACAAGAAUGCCUCGCUGCAGCUGCUGCAGAAGGAGAAGGAGAAACUGACCAUGCUGGAGAGGAGAUACCACGCGCUCACGGGGGGCAGGCCUUUCCCGAAAACCACCUCGACUCUCAAAGAGGCUGAGCUGCUCAUCCCCCAGUCCUCAGACCUGGGCCUGGGGACUAAGGCUCUGAGCCUGUUGCCAGGGGCUUCUCAGGCUGGGGCCGCCUCUGUCCCCUUAACUCCAUCUGCUUCCACUCUGCUCUGCCCCAAAGCACAAGAGGAGUAUGUGAGCCUGGCAGAGGUUCUCCAGCUGUGCUCUCGCUUGGACCCCUAUGCUUCUGCCAUCUCCCCCAGCGCGCCCACCCAGCCCCUGCCUGACAGUGAGUACGUGACGCUUGAGCAGCUAAGGGUGAUGUGGGGCAGCUCAUCCGUGGCCCCAGCACCUGCGCCAGGCCUGCCUCCCUGGGCCUCUGCCUCUCGGGACCUCGUUCCCACCAGCAGCUUUGCUCCCGUGCCGCCCUCCUCCUCCUCCUCUGCUUCCAUCACGCCUUCCCCCAAGAUGGAGAAGCUGCUGCUCCCUGCCGUAGACUUAGAGCAGUGGUACCAGGAGCUGAUGGCGGGGCUGGGGACUGGCCCUGCAGCGGCCUCCCCUCGCUCCUCCCCCCCGCCUCUGCCCGCCAAAGCUUCCCGUCAGCUGCAGGUUUACCGCUCUAAAAUGGAUGGUGAGGCCACCGGCCCCCUGCCCCGGACCCGCAGCGGCCCCCUUCCUUCAUCCUCUGGCUCCUCCUCUUCCUCCUCCCAGCUCAGCGUGGCUACCCUGGGCCGUAGCCCUUCCCCGAAGAGUACCCUCCUCGCCCAGAAUGGCACAGGCAGCCUUCCUCGCAACCUGGCUGCCACACUGCAGGACAUCGAAGCCAAGCGCCAGCUGGCGCUGCAGCAGAAGGUUGAGUCGCUUCCUGCCGAGCCCCUCCCAACUGAUGACCCAGCAGGGCAGCAGGUGAUCGAGGAACAGCGGCGGCGACUGGCCGAGCUGAAGCAGAAGGCGGCAGCCGAGGCGCAGUGCCAGUGGGAUGCGCUGCACGGGGCGGCACCCUUCCCCCCGCUCAUGCACCACUCCAUCCUGCACCACCUGCCGGCAGGCCGGGAGCGCGGGGAGGAGGGCGAGCAUGCCUACGACACGCUGAGCCUGGAGAGCUCAGAUAGCAUGGAGACGAGCAUCUCCACCGGGGGCAACUCGGCCUGCUCUCCCGACAACAUGUCCAGUGCCAGUGGUCUAGACAUGGGGAAGAUUGAGGAGAUGGAGAAGAUGCUGAAAGAGGCCCACGCGGAGAAGAGCCGGCUCAUAGAGUCAAGGGAGCGGGAGAUGGAGCUGCGGCGGCAGGCCCUGGAGGAAGAGCGUCGCAGGCGGGAGCAGGUGGAACGGCGGCUGCAGAGCGAGAGUGCCCGGAGGCAGCAGCUGGUGGAGAAGGAGGUCAAGAUGCGGGAGAAGCAGUUUUCCCAGGCCCGACCCCUGACCCGCUACCUGCCGAUCCGGAAGGAGGACUUCGACCUGAAGACCCACAUAGAGUCCUCAGGCCACGGUGUGGACACCUGUCUGCACGUGGUACUCAGCAGCAAGGUCUGCCGUGGCUACUUGGUCAAGAUGGGCGGCAAGAUUAAGUCUUGGAAGAAGCGCUGGUUUGUCUUUGACCGGCUCAAGCGCACCCUGUCCUACUAUGUGGACAAGCAUGAGACGAAGCUGAAGGGCGUCAUCUACUUCCAGGCCAUUGAGGAAGUGUACUAUGACCACCUGCGCAGUGCAGCCAAGAAGAGGUUUUUCCGCUUCACUAUGGUGACCGAGAGCCCGAACCCAGCGCUCACCUUCUGUGUGAAGACCCACGACCGGCUCUACUACAUGGUGGCCCCGUCCGCAGAGGCCAUGCGCAUCUGGAUGGACGUCAUCGUCACGGGGGCCGAGGGCUACACUCAGUUCAUGAACUGACUGCCGCGGCUCCCAGAGACCAUCGCGCUGGGCGUGGGAGCAGGUGGAGCUGAGCGCAGCCAGCGGCCGGGUUCUCAGAGCCAGCCAGAAGACGGGGGAGAGGAGCCCAGAACUCUUCGGGGUCCCACCCCAGGCCCAGCCAGGGCUGAGGAGCUGUCACCAAGUGGGCCUCCAGCCCUGGCCUGGCACCUGCUGUCCUGUCCCCUUUCGUAAAGGAUACAUACGGUACCAGAGUCUGCCAAAGAUCCUCCCCCGCCCCGUCCCAUGCCAGGGCCGUGGGGGCUGGGCAGAGCCACAUGCAGAGUGGGGCGACAGCUCAGGCAGCGUGUGUCUCAAUCCCGGUUCUGCCUGGAAGCGCUCCCCUUUCUACUUUUUAUAACUUUGUUCAGGGGCCCGAGGCCUGGAGCAUCACCCUGGCGGUCCCAGUCCCAUCCUGUCAGGGCAGGGCCAGCACCCUGCGCUGCACAGUGAGUGUGCUGUCGCCAUGGUAACAUGCUAACUGCCUCACCCUGGGCCCCCUGAGGGUCCCUGCCAUCAUCUCUCCUGCCGGGGGCGGGGGCCUGGCCCUAGACACUGCUCCUCUGCCUGUGUCUCUGAACCCUGAGGCACAGCUCGGCCCCAUCAGCCCUCGUCCUCCCACUCGUGCCUUGCUUAGAGCCAGAGGGGGUGCAGAGACCCUGACAGGGAAAAUUGGCUGCUCAGAGCUGGCAGAGUAGAGGCCUGGGCAAGGAGGGGAGGCCUGGAGCUGCGGCUGGCCUCCCCAGGCCCUGGAGGAGAGUGACGGCCGGGCCUCCGACUGUCUGGCCUCAGCCCUUUGCGCCUUAACACUAAGCCCACCUCCCGCCGUCUCCCCAGCCCUGGGCCCUCAGCUGCCAGGCCGGGCUGUGGGGUCUCAGUAUUUGUAAGUGUUUCUGCGGAACAAUAAAGCAUUUGAGCUAGG